AUGCAAGCUGAAAGCCUGGAGGAGAGGACGGUGGAGGUGCCGCUGCUGCCUGAAGGAGUGGACGAUGAGCUGCUGUAUCUUUACUUUGAGAAUAGGCGCCGCUCGGGGGGAGGCCCACUCGUCUCCGUGGAAAAAAAGGGCGACCGUGCCAUAUUGGUGUUUGAAGACGCAGAAGCUGCAGCCAAAGUGCUGUCUAAAGGGAACCACGUUCUGCAAAAUGUUGAGCUGAGCGUGAGAAAGCCUGCCGCAAAGGACCAGAGAAGACUGUUGCUGCGGGGGAUAAACCCCAACACCGACACUGAGAUGAUAGGGCGCUAUGUGGAGAACAUGAUGGGGUUGAAUGUGAAUGACUACCAACUGUAUCCCUUAUCAGGGAGAGAUUUUAUCCUCAUUCACCUCAACCAACCCUUGGAUAAAGAUUUCCAAACCCUCUCUGAGAGGGUCUCCAGGAGGACACUGGAUGGGGCUCAGGUAACACUCGAACAGACUGAGCAAACAGACUCUGUUUUAGUGGAGAAACUGCACCCUAGCACCACGCAACACCUGCUCAUGCUUUACUUUGAGAGCAAGCGAGGUGGCGAUCAGAGGGUGAGGGAUGUCACCAUGCUAUCGGAGGGCACAGCAAAGGUGUCUUUCUUCGACCAUAAAGCUUUGGGUUCUGUCCUGGAUCAACAACACAAACUUGAGGGUGCUGAACUCUCAGUGAGGCCGUACUUCAACUUCCUUCACGCUGGAAGUGGAAGCCAACAUAUGACUGAAGGAAACUCGGAGGACCUGGGUGAUAUUCAGAUGCAGACCAACGGUGACAGUCAGUCUUCUUCUCAGCGAACCUCUGAGCGUCUUGCUGCGGUGGUACAGGACACAGCAGAGGAAGCUAUAGAUGACAAACCUGAGGAUGUGGUAACACUAUCGAGCCUUAUUGCUUUUGCUGACCCAGUGAAAUUAGCUUUGUUUAAACUUAGCCCCCUUUCACAGGACAUUGUCAAGCGUCACCCAGAUUUUACCAUUGAGGUAAAAGACGACACUAUUCUCAUUGAAGGAAGUGACAAUCAAAAGUUGGAUCAGAUAAAACAAACCAUUACGGACAUUCUCUGCAAUAUGGGUGAAACUAAUUUCACCCUUGAGCCAGAGAAGGCUCAGUUCCUUGCAAGAAAAGAAGUAAAAGAGCGACUGCUACAAACCAUUAAUCAAACCAUGUCACCCACUAUUUACUAUGUAUCAGAUUCUAAAGUCGUGGUAACAUCGCUGUCCCAGAACUCGGCUCGACAGGCGAGUAGCUUUUUAACGUCCCAGAUGUGUCACUUCAGCAUGACGUUGGGCAUCGAAUAUGAAUGCAUGUUAUAUUGCAGAGAGUGGUCUGAGUUCCUGCAGGCCCUGGAUUACUCCUCCGUUAAGGAUUCAGAGACAAGAGGGAAUAUUGAUGUGUUGACACUGAAAGGGAUGGAGAGCGAGAAGCAAGCUGCCAUCCUGCAAUUUCUUUCUACACCCAUUGAAAGGGAGACAGUGAUCACUAUGAAGCGAGGUGCACUGAAAUACAUCCAGAAACAUCGUCAUCAGCUGUUGGCUGACAUGGACCAAGUUUCUAUCUUUCCGCUAGAGGCCGAAGACGCCUGUGGUUUAAAGAUUCAUGGCCAUCCUGCCACUUGCCAAAUGGCUGAGGAGGUGUUGCAAGGCGUGGUCUCUGCCGUCUGUACCAGAGCCAUCCCAAUAAAAGCUCCAGGAGUUGCCAGGUUUCUACAUGAAGCAGAUUGUCAGGAGCUUCUGAGGGAAAUGGAGUCGAAGUUUCAGGUGUACAUCAGCCCACAGUGCACGCCCUGGGUGCCCAUGCCUGGCCAGGACAUUUUUGAUGAUGCAUGGCAGAUGAUGUCGCACAGAAACUUUCAGAGAGGGUCUGUGGAUGAGUUACAAGCCAAUUCAAUUGAUCUGAUAGAGGAAGCCCAGCUGUCUUUAGCCAUCCGGUACUCAAUGGAGUCAAGUCAGUUGUACCUGAAUGAUGAGGAACAGCUGCAAAAAGCCAUAGAGCUGUCCAGGAACAUGAUCGUCCCUGAAGCCUCUUCUAGUGGUGCUGAAAGGAGCCCCCAACCCACAUUGAAUCAUCAGAAGAAGGACAUCAAUGAUUCUUUACAGGAAACCAUCAGCGCAGCCAACACCAUCCAGUUAGUUGUGUUUGCAGGUUAUAUCUCUGAUCUGACUCGAGUUGAAAUCGCCUUUGCGAAGAGGGUCUCUCAGAAACAGAUGGAGGAGAAACUCGAGAACAGGAGCAUGGGGAACAUGUCUGAGUACCACUGGAAGUGUUUGGAGAUGAUCAAGAGGAAACAUUCAGUCGAGAUCCAAGUUCAGGGGAACACAAUCACCGUGUCUGGAUUCAAGCACUUUCAGCCUGCUGGAGUGGGGGAUGUGAAGCUGCUUCUGGAGAAAGUCGACAAUUCUGUACCCAGGCAGGAAAUCCUGGGGACUGUGAAGUGGGUGGUACAUGAUCAAGCCUCCUCACACACAACUCCAUACUCAGAUGAUGCCACAGUAUUCAUCGAGAACGCCUGGAGGAUGAAUCUGAAAAAACUUGACAUCUUACUGGACAAUGAGCCCCACGUUAUCAACUUUGAAAAGAUGAAGGAAUGCAACGUAGCUUCAGAGAAAACUGUGAAAAUCUCAAGGAAACUCAUUUUAGAGGAAAUACCAGAAGAGGAAUAUUCUCUAAUGUCAGGCAUGCCUGAAUCCUACAAAGUCGAUAAGAAAUCGGAGGAAUUUCGGAAUGUGAGGAUGAACUUCUACGAGAGCUUCCAUGGAUUCCGUAGAACGAUCAGAAUCGUACAGGUGGAGAAGCUCAUGAAUCGCCUGCUCUACAAUCAGUACAAUAUGAAAAAGGCGAGCAUGGUGCAGCGGGCCACCUACCACGUAGUAGAACAGACUCUUUACCACGGCACAAGUGAGGACAGCGUGAAGGAGAUAUGUGUUCAUGGAUUCAACAGAAGCUUCUGUGGAAAGAAUGCCACCGUCCACGGUCAGGGGGUGUAUUUUGCUGUCGAGUCUUUACUGUCAGUUGAGGAUGUAUAUUCACCCCCAAACCGAGACGGACACAAGUUUAUUUUCGUGUCGAAGGUUCUAACGGGGGACUACACUAAAGGUUGCAAUUCAAUGAAGAUUGCCCCAUUGAAGGAGAGCGACGAUAUUCCCCUCAGAUACGACAGCGUGACCGACAACCUCACCUGUCCGUCGUUGUUUGUCAUCUUCAAUGAUACGCAGGCUUUUCCGGAAUACCUCAUUACCUGCGAGAGAAUCCUCCGCUGA